AUGGUGAGGCAGAUGUCGAAGGACGCGGACCCGGCGGAGAGUGGACUUGCUCCCCCAAGGCCAAACUCUGCGCCUCCAAGGUCAAACGUUGGGCAGGCCAAGUCCGUCAAGAGACCGCCAACACCUGCGGACACCAUUCCCCGGCCAGCACAGCCAUCGAAACGCGCCCGAUGCACAUUGAGCCGGCCGGACCGGCUAAUAAAGUCACGGAGGACUCGCAGUCCGUCGCGUCAUGGCCGUGAACAGCAGCAGCAGCCGCCGCCGCCGCGCCAUCAUCGCCUCUCGCUGCUGGAAACGCUGCCUGUGGAGAUCCUCGAGCAGAUCUUCCUGCACUCGCUGAACAUGAAUUUCCCGCGCGCAUCUCCUGCACUUGCCGCUGCAGUCUCCAGUGAACGCAUCUACCGUGUCUUGAUCCUGCUCGCCUUCUGGGAUGAUGAUAUCGAGGGAGUCCAAACCAGACCCAACCCGGCCAUUAAUCGCCUUUUCUUGCCAUUGGAAUACUCUCCUCUGCGCAGCGCUGAACGCGCUCGGCUACAGGAUGCCGUUUUUCGGUGUGCAUGGUGCACCCUCGACCGCGUCUAUGCACAACUAUCGACCCUGGUGACCCUGACCGUCCACCGCCACUGGUUCGGCGCCGGCAUCGUCAUGGACCGCGACCAGAAAGAUGACUUGCACAGACUUCUCGCUCGAGAGUAUGAUGGCAAGCAUGUCUUUAGUGCUUCCGGCGGACCCCGAGGGGAAUCUGAACUUAGUGUCACAUCCUUGCUCGCUGUCGUAACCGUAAUCUCUCUCCCAGCGUUGUUCCCCGCCGUGAGUCUGUUCACGCUCCCACACCACCUCAUCCAGGGCCGCCGUCGUGGCGGAUUCUCAGAGGAGAAUACAAACUUCCUCGAGAUGUUGCGCUUAACAUCUGGAUUCUACUGUACCCCGUGGGAUCGAGGUAGCACCCACACCCCCACGGUGCCACAUUUCGACCACGCCGCCCUGCACCACGGAGUCCAAAUCGCCAUACGCCAGCGGAACAUCAACGCCGUGACCUGUCUGCUCAAAAUCGAUGAAUUUGCGAACCGCUCCUCCACGAGGGGUAGGGAAUUCUACCUCAUCCCCGCGGACCAUUUCCGCGCCGCCGUGCGAAUCAGUCGUCAGAAUCUCGAUCCAACUUUUUUCCAGACUCUCUUUCGCGCAAGCGCCGAGUCAAUCCCAGCAGACGACGACGAGAUCACCCAGUGGCUGGUUGAUAUUAUUGAGCGCGGCACGGACAAGGCGCGCGCGUUUGCCCACUGGUUCUUCGACUUUAUGCUCUCUUUCCCGACCCAUUUGGAAGUGGCGAAGCAGGCGCUGGGGCAGCAACAAACUGGACAGCUGUUCUGUUAUGGGGAGUUGAAUGUUGAAACUCAGAUGGGGAAGAGGUAUAUGGAGGAGGUUAUCGAACCGUACGCUGGUCCGGUGGGAGAGACGCAUAACUGGAUCGAGGACACCUUUUUUGACCCUGUGACCAAAGGCUACGGAACUGUGUCGUGUGUAUGA